AUGUCCGAUAUUUCCGUUCAGUUGACUGCCCCUAAUGGCCGCAGCUACACCCAACCCAUUGGUCUGUUUAUCAACAAUGAGUUUGUGGCUGCCAAGUCUGGCGAGAAGUUCGCCACUGUGAACCCUUCGUAUGGUGUGGACGAAACUGACUGGAUCCUCAGCAAUGAAACCGAGAUCACAUCUGUGUAUGCGGCCGGUGAGGAGGAUAUUGAUAUCGCCGUGAAGGCCGCUCGCAAGGCUCUCAAGGAUCCCUCCUGGAAGCUGCUCCCAGCCACUGAUCGUGGUGUUUUGUUGCUCAAGUUGGCCGACUUGAUUGAGGAGCACAAGGAGACCCUGGCCACCAUCGAGACCUGGGAUAACGGCAAGCCCUAUCAGGUCUCUUUGAUGGAUGAUCUUGGUGAGGUCACCAACACUCUUCGCUACUAUGCCGGCUGGGCCGACAAGGUGUUUGGCCAGACCAUUAGCACCACCCCGGCCAAGUUCGCUUAUACUCUCCGCCAACCUAUUGGUGUUGUUGGCCAGAUUAUCCCUUGGAACUUCCCCUUGGCUAUGGCAGCAUGGAAGCUCGGUCCUGCGCUUGCGUGCGGUAACACUAUCGUUCUGAAGCCCGCCGAGCAGACCCCGCUCAGCAUUUUCUGGCUUCCCCCAGGUGUUAUCAACAUUGUGAACGGCCACGGCCGUGUUGCCGGUGGUGCAUUGGUGAACCACCCCGGUGUGGACAAGGUCGCUUUCACUGGUUCUACCGCCACUGGUCGCGAGAUCAUGAAGAUGGCCGCCGGUUCCCUGAAGAACGUUACUCUUGAGACUGGCGGUAAGUCCCCGCUAGUUGUCUUCGAGGAUGCGGACCUCGAACAGGCCGCUAAGUGGGCACACAUUGGUAUCAUGUACAACCAGGGUCAGGUCUGCACUGCGACAUCACGAAUCCUCGUCCACGAUUCCGUGUAUGAUAAGUUCGUCGAGCUCUUCAAAGAGGUCGUCCGCACCACCAGCAAAGUUGGCGACCCCUUCUCCGACGACACCUUCCAGGGCCCGCAGGUCACCAAGGCUCAGUACGAGCGCGUGCUUUCGUACAUCGAGGCUGGCAAGUCCGAGGGCGCAACCCUCGUUUCCGGCGGUGUCCCACACAAGAACGUCGGCGAUGGUCGUGGUUUCUUUAUUGAACCCACAAUCUUCACCAACGUCAAGGACUCGAUGCGCAUCUACCGCGAGGAAGUGUUCGGUCCCUUCGUCGCCAUUGCCAGCUUCAGCACCGAAGACGAGGCUGUCACUCGUGCCAAUGACACCACCUACGGUCUGGGCGCUGCAGUCUUUACCCGUGACAUUGAGCGCGCCCACCGUGUUGCCUCCGAUAUCGAGGCCGGUAUGGUCUGGAUCAACAGCAGCAAUGACAGUGACUUCCGUGUGCCAUUUGGUGGCGUCAAGCAGAGCGGUAUCGGUCGCGAGCUCGGCGAGGCUGGUUUGGACGCGUACUCGCAGGUCAAGGCCGUCCACGUCAACAUGGGCACCAAACUGUAA